AUGGCAGCUCAACAUGGUUAUUUUCACCCUCCACACUUUUGUAACCUCGCUCGCUCCCUGUUCGGCGCAGAGGCCAAGCUCGGCCGUGCCAUCUCCCCUGGCUGGGCAAACGAAAACAACAUCAACGAAGGGUGCAAGAAAGGCACAGACCCUGCGCGCAGGACGCCUCCGCCUCCGCCGGCCGCCAGCGAGAGCACGCGCGAGUGCAGUUUCGCCGCAGCCGCAGCCAACGCAAGCUCGGACGUCUUGCUAUGCAGCCACGCGGACUCCGAGCCCGACGCUCUCGCCGCCCUGCUGUUAAGCAGGCUCUUCUCGAUUGCCUGCACCUGUGCACUGAGGCUGGGCUGGCUCGACAUGGGUAUGACGCCCGCGGGGCAGCUUCGCUUCGACAAGCUGAGCACCCUGGUGCGUAUCGCAUGGGUGCGCCGUCUCCGUGCAUUGUGCGCAUUCCGCCCGCGCGUGGACAAGCACGCGCGGAACAUCUUCCUCGACCGCUUCCUCUGCGGCACGCCCCAUGAUACCGACAUGACCAAGGCGGUUUCCGGGGUGGACAAGUGA